AUGAGGUUCAGAGAGGCUCCCUGUUUAAGGUCAGCCAUCAGUGGUGGCAGAGGCCAGCUCUCGACCCUGAUCUGCCUGACCACAGUAGGUGUUGUCAACCUGACUCUUGAAAGAAGAAACAGCCAGAUGCAAAUCGAGGCAGGCGCCAGCUGCAUCGCUACGAUUGGCCAGAAGACCUCCUCGGAUUGGCCAAUAAACGGCGCCCUGUCGCCCCCGUGUUACUGGGUAGAACAAAACAAAAACAAACAGAGCGAGAGGGGCCAGAGAAGCUCGGAGGUAGAGACAGACGCUGAGGUGCGGGGUCCGGGCCGGCUGACCAGGGACCUGGGCGAGCAACAGCGGCGGCGACGGCGGCGGCCUGAGGGGUCAGUAGCGGCGGCCCGGCUCGCGCGCUCGGGAGGACCGCGCUGUCUCCCACAGCUCCUAUCUCUUCAGAGGCAGCCGCUCGUUGGCGGCGGGGGGGUGGGGGGGUCGUGGAGGAGGCGGCCGAGUCCUUGCCGGGCCUGCGGGGCCGGCGUCCGCCGCCUCCUCGGAGAUCGGCAGGCCCAGCCGCGUCCGCCCCAACGCCCUGGGCUGCGGAGAACCGGCCCCGGUGCCCUCCUUCUGGCCCCGGCCGGGAGCUUGGCGGCGCGGGCCCGCCCCCUCUUGGACCCCCCUCCAGGCUUAGACGGGAGCGCUGGGCUCUCGCAGUCGAGGGGCUCCUCGCCCCCCAGAAGGCCGACUUUUCAUUUUCCUCUGGGGGUGGGCGUCGGCAGGCGGGUUUCUGGCCCGACUGAAAUCCUGUGA